ACGUAUGUGUGCUCGAUUUCUGAUGACCCGGCGGCGGUAACACUGACGCUCCAGUUGACCGUCAGCUGUGUUUGGAGGAAGAUGUUGUCGCCCGUGAGGAAUACCGUUAUUUCCACUCUGCGGCGGCUGCCCAUGCGGAGCGUGUCCACAGUGGUACAAGAGGAGCAGAUAAAUGACUUCCAAAUAGAAAAUGAACCUCUGCUGGGUUACCUCCCGGGCAGCGCUGAGAGGCAGGCACUGGAGGAGGCACUGGGUCGGCACUCCGCCACCGAGGCCGACGUGCCCAUCAUGAUCGGCGACCAGGAGCACCGCACUGACCUUGUGAGGCACCAGGUCAUGCCCCACGACCACAGCCACAGGAUCGCCCAGUUUUACUACGCCACGCCGGAGCUGGUGCGGAAGGCCAUUGACGUAGCUGUGGCCGCGCGCCCCGCCUGGGAACGCGUGCCGCUCAGCCAGAAGUUUGACAUGUGGCUCAAGGCGGCAGACUUGAUGGCCGGGAAGUACCGGCAGGAACUCAACGCCACCACCAUGCUGGGCCAGAGUAAGACUGUUAUUCAGGCUGAGAUUGACUCCGCUGCUGAGCUCAUCGAUUUCCUGAAGUUCAACGCACUCUACGCCAAGGAGGGGGUCAAGUGGCAGCCCCGGAGCCCUGAGCCCAGUGCCACCAUCAACAGGCUGCGUGUGAGGGGCAUGGAAGGCUUCGUGGCGGCCGUGUCUCCCUUCAACUUCACGGCCAUCGGGGGAAACCUUGCCUAUACGCCUGCCAUGAUGGGCAACGUGGUACUGUGGAAGCCUUCGGACACGGCCGUUCUCAGCAACUACACAAUUUACAAGAUCAUGAGGGAGGUUGGGGUGCCGGGGGGGGCUGUUAGCUUCAUCCCCGCCGACGGGCCGGUCUUUGGGGACAACAUCACAGCAUCGCCACACCUCGCAGCUAUCAACUUCACCGGCUCUGUCCCAACAUUCCAGCGGCUGUGGGGUCAGGUCGGCCAGAACCUCCCCAAGUACCGCAGUUUCCCUAAGCUUGUCGGGGAGUGCGGAGGCAAGAACUACCAUCUGGUCCACCCCUCCGCCGACCCUGAAUCUGUCGCCAACGGAACAGUGCGCUCCGCCUUCGAGUAUUGCGGCCAGAAGUGUUCCGCCUGCUCCCGCGCGUACUUCCCUGAGUCCCUGUGGCCUGAGAUCAAGGAGCGCAUGCUGACCACGCUGCAGGGGUUGAAGACAGGUGACCCCCGGCAGUACGACAGCUUCAUGGGCGCAGUGAUUGAUGGCACGGCCUUCAAGAGGAUCAGCAGCUACGUGGAGCAUGCCAGGACCUCCCCAAACCUCACCAUCCUGGCCGGGGGGAAGUGUGACGACAGCGUGGGUUACUUCGUGGAGCCAACGGUGGUGCAGACAACGGACCCACACGACCGCAUCAUGACCGAGGAGAUCUUUGGCCCGGUGCUGUCAUUGUUUGUGUACCCCGACGCUGAUGUGGACAAGAUGAUCGACAUUGCCAACCACUCCACGCCCUACGCCCUCACCGGAGCCAUCUUUGCCCAGGACAGAGCAUGGCUGGCCAAGGCGACGGAUGCCCUCAAGGACUCCGCUGGCAACUUCUACAUCAACGACAAGUCCACCGGCUCAGUCGUGGCACAGCAGCCCUUCGGAGGAGCCAGGAUGUCAGGCACCAAUGACAAGGCCGGGGGGGUCCACUACGCCCUCAAGUGGACAUCGCCGCAAGCUGUGAAGGAGACGAUGGUGCCGCUGAAGGAUGUGAAGUAUCCCUACAUGGGUUAAGGAGAUGUCGACGCCGGUGGUGAUGACGACGCCGGUCCGGUGAUUGACGCUGCCGGUGAUGACGUUGUGGUGAUGGUGGUGAUGCCUGUCGUUGUUGUUGUUGUGUGUGUGUGUGAUGGUGGUGGUGAGGGUGGUGACUGUGUGUGUGUGUGUGUGUGUGUGUGUGUGAUGUAGGGCAGUGUUGUUUCCAUUCCUGUAUAUUUUCUCUCUCUCUCUCUCUCUCUCUUCAAUAGAACACCUUAAUUUGAGUUACUUGCUUCAGGUGACGAGAUAAUUUUUAAUCAGUCUUUGAGGGACAUCUUUUCUCAAGCGUUGGUCAUAUUAUUUGCACUCCCGGAGAAAUGUGUGUGUGUGUGUGUGUGUGUGCGCGCUUCUCCACGUGUACUGGGUUCCAAGAUAAUCACGUUCCCCCACACUCCUAGGUCGAUAUUGUAAGACACUUUUGCUUCUCACAUCAGCUAUAUCUAAAGGUCAAAGAGGGGGUCAGUCGGGUUCUAAUGAGUGUUUUUUAGGUUCAUGGUACAGAGGAAGAGUCAAACUAACACCAGGGCCAUAAAACUACUCCUGGAAAUGCCCAAAACUCCGACGAAAGCCUUGGCAAAUAUAUGUUCUUGGGCGAUGAAAUGUCAAACUAACACCAAGGCCAUAAAACUACUCCUGGAAAUGCCCAAAACUCCGACGAAAGCCUUGGCAAAUAUAUGUUCUUGGGUGAUGAAAUGUCAAACUAACACCAAGGCCAUAAAACUACUCCUGGAAAUGCCCAAAACUCCAACGAAAGAUAUAUGUUCUUGGGUGAUGAAAUGUCAAACUAACACCAAGGCCAUAAAACUACUCCUGGAAAUGCCCAAAACUCCGAUGAAAGCCUUGGCAAAUAUAUGUUCUUGGGUGAUGAAAUGUCAGACUAACACCAGGGCCAUAAAACUACUCCUGGAAAUGCCCAAAACUCCAACGAAAGAUAUAUGUUCUUGGGUGAUGAAAUGUCAAACUUACACCAAGGCCAUAAAACUACUCCUGGAAAUGCACAAAACUCCGACGAAGGCCUUGGCAAAUAUAUGUUCUUGGGCGAUGAAAUGUCAAACUAACACCAAGGCCAUAAAACUACUCCUGGAAAUGCCCAAAACUCCAACGAAAGAUAUAUGUUCUUGAGCGAUGAAAUGUCAAACUAAAACCAAGGCCAUAAAACUACUCCUGGAAAUGCCCAAAACUCCGACGAAAGAUAUAUGUUCUUGGGCGAUGAAAUGUCAAACUAACACCAGGGCCAUAAAACUACUCCUGGAAAUGCCCAAAACUCCAAUGAAAGAUAUAUGUUCUUGAGCGAUGAAAUGUCAAACUUACACCAAGGCCAUAAAACUACUCCUGGAAAUGCACAAAACUCCGACGAAGGCCUUGGCAAAUAUAUGUUCUUGGGCAAUGAAAUGUUUUAUAAUACGACCCCUCGUCUGUACCACCGUAAGAAAAUGCAAUAUACACUUUAAUUUAACGGACACUUUUACUUUCUGUUCUGGCCCACACGGUCGUCACGAGUCACCCACACUCACUCGCUUCAUAACCGUCACCACACAAGAGGAGCGGUGCCUGACUCGCCGUGUUGAGCCUGAUAUUCCCUGUUACCUCACUUGCCUUGACGUCUGUUUUGUGAGGCAGUGUUUGUUCAGUUGGUCAUUUGAGGCGUCUGGUGAGGAAGGGGUGUAAGGGAUGGAGCCAUUUUUUCCCGCCUUGCACUGGGAACAUCUCACUACACAUCCCAGGAAGAACAAGACACAAGUUGCAUAGGAAAAGCGACCGUGGAUUUGGUGUUCUGAGGGUCAUUUUUCCCUCGCAACUUGUGUCUCGUUAGGGGCAUUUUUUUCCUGCUUUGUACUGGGAAAGUCACGCUACACAUCCCAGGAAGAACAAGACACAAGUUGCAUAGGAAAAGCGACCGUGGAUUUGGUGUUCUGAGGGUCAUUUUUCCCUUGCAACUUGUGUCUUGUUAGGGGCAUUUUUUUCCUGCUUUGUACUGGGAAAGUCACGCUACACCUCCCAGGAAGAACAAGACACAAGUUGCACGGGAAAAUCGACCUUGGAUUUGGUGUUCUGAGUCACUUUCUCCCUUGCAUUUUUGUCUAGUUUGUACUGGGAAAGUCAGCCUUCAUAUCCCAGGAAGAAAAAGACACAAGUUGCAUAGGAAAAGCGACCUUGUAUUUGGUGUUCUGAGUCACUUUCUCCCUUGCAUUUUUGUCUAGUUUGUACUGGGAAAGUCAGCCUACACAUCCCAGGAAGAACAAGACUUAAGUUGCAUAGGAAAAUCAACCUUGUAUUUGGUGUUCCGAGUCACUUUCUCCCUUGCAUUUUUGUCUAGUUUGUACUGGGAAAGUCAACCUUCACAUCCCAGGAAGAACAAGACUUAAGUUGCAUAGGAAAAGCGACCUUGGAUUUGAUGUUCCAAGGGUCAUUUUUCCCUUGCAACUUUUAUCUUGUUCUUUCCCGGUGCCGUCGAAAACACGUCCUUUGUCCCUCACGCCCCUUCUCCUCCCGACGCCUCAUUUGCUGUACGUCACUCGCAUACAGUCUCACUCACCAGUCCAUGAUGUUUACCUAGACUUGGUGCGCAUUCAAUCAGUCACUUGCAAUGUUGUUUGACUCACCAAAGCAUGUGCGGGAUAUUUUAAACGUGGUAUUAGUGUUUUGUUAACGAUUCUAUGGCUGGCUUGUCUUCCUACUUCCAUUUUGGGGAUGAAUUUAGACAGAAAAUCAUCCUGUUAGUAUUUAUCAGCAAUUCUGUGGCUAGUUUGAGUUUUUAUUUCCAUUUCUGGGACGGGUCGAUACUGAGUGUCCGAUUUUCACAGAGUCGACAUAUUACGAAAUCAGUCAGAAAGUUUAGUUGCAGGAGUUAAGGUUUUAUUUUAAGGUUUUAUUUGAGUAACUGUGAAUGUGACCCUGUUGACAGCAUUUGGCACUGAAGUUGAAGUUGAAAUCGAAAGAAAACUGCUUGAAAUAAAUAGAUAUAAUAUUAAGAAAGACUGCCAGGGAUGAGUUUAAGAGCUGUAGAUGCCAUGAUAGUUUGUGUACAGUUUCAGGAGUUAGGUUUAGAAAGUUGAGAAAGAAACACACUUGAGAAAAGAGAGGAAGAGGGACUGUGAGAGGGGUGAGUGCAAGGGUUUUAAAUAUCAAGAUAGUGUCUUUAGCUGCAGGAGUUAUGUUUUUAUUUUAUGGUUUUAUUUGAGUUCCUGUGAAUGUGACCCUGUUGGCAACAUUUGGCACUGAAGUUGAAGUUGUGACGGAAAGAAAACUGCUUGAAAUAAAUAGAUAAAAUAUGAAAGACUGAACAAGGAUGAGUUUAAGAGCUGUAGAUGCCAUGGUAGUUUGUGUACAGUUUCAGGAGUUAGGUUUAGAAAGUUGAGAAAGAAACACGCCUGAACAGAAGAGGAGGAGAGACUGUGAGAGUGAAGAUUUUAAGAGCUGUAGAUGUCAUAGUUUCUUAAUAGUUGCUGGAGUUUGGUUUUUAUUUUAGUCACCGUGAACUUGUGUGGGAGAGACUCGUAGCCCGUCCAGCCCCAUAAGGGAGAGUACGGAUGUUAAAUGAAAAGAAGAAGAAGAAGAGGGAAACAACUUGACACUUUUGGGGACGUGAAUGACGGGAAAGUUGAGAUGGAAAGAAACACGAUUGAAAUUGACAUGACUUGACUGAUGCAGAGUGGCUUGUGAACUGUCCGACACCACAUACCCACCACCUCACACACACUCACUCACUCACUCACUCACCAUAAACACCAGUGCCACCAGGAACACAAGAGGACACAGUAAAAAAUUGAGGAAAGGAAGAUGCUUGAGAGACGUAAAGAAAUAUAGCUUCCUGCAAAGAAAUAUAGAGGUUUGGAACAGACUAAGUGAGGAUGUAGUAUCGACGAAGAGUGUGCAAAGCUUUAAGGAAGAGUUGGACAAAUACAGAUACGGAGACGGGACCACACGAGCGUAAGCCCAGGCCCUGUGAAACUACAACUAGGUAAAUACACACACUCACUCACAAUCGCACAGAAGGGUAGAAUUGCAUGGUGUCAGAACUGUAUUACAAAGACCUGUAUUAGUUCAGUCUGUGUCCAUUGAAAAGUUUGGCACUGUCUGAUAUUGCACAAGGAAAGACACCUGCUCAGAGGCUUGGCUUGCUCUCUGUCUAUCUACGGGCCGCUUUUACAAUCACUCUUUGUUAUGAUUGUUACCAACGGCGGUGAUCGACGCUAUAGUUUUCCACGUGAAACUGGCCUAUGGGGUAGUGGCGGCUGCAGAGGAAGCAAGAGGUGUUGAGAGUGUGUGGCAAGGUGCGGGGCUAGGGCUAGGCUAAUCCCGCAGCCGCCACUACCCCAUCAGCCAGUUUUACGUGGAAAUACCAUAGCGGCAAUAACAGCCAUUGGUAACGAUCAAAACAAACAAAACAACUGUGAAAGCGGCCCUAUGUCUCUCUAUCUCUCUCUCCCCCCCUUGCAACAUGUGCCUCCCUCUUUUGCCUUAUCAAACACGUAUGUCUGACAGUAACUCACUCACACCUGGUCCUGGCUUGCUGUGUUAUGGACUCCCUCCCUCCGUGUUCCUUGCCUGUAUCUGCACCUCACUUCCCCCACGCUUGCUGGAAUCCUUUAUUGGCUCACGUGGGGGCCGCUUUCACAGUUGUUUUGUUUGUUUUGAUCGUUACCAAUGGCUGUUAUCGACGCUGUAGUAUUUCCACGUAAAACUGGCCGAUGGGGUGGCGGCUGUGGGGUUAGCCUAGCCUACCACCUUGCCACACACUCUCAACACCUCUCGCUUCCUCUGCAGCCGCCACUACCCCAUAGGCCAGUUUCACAUGGAAAUAGUAUAGCGUCGAUCACCGCCAUUGGUAACGAUCAAAACAAAGUGACUGUGAAAGCGACCCUAAGUCUCGGGCUCUCCAGAAGUGUUUGUCUAGUCACAGUUGCUGCUCUAGAGGCAGUACAGUUGGUGUGGGAGUGUUGUGUCCAUCCAGCGACCCUCCAGUACCUGCAGCUAUAAUAGUUUGAACCAGAGCCGUAGAAUAGGAGAGUCUGGCCACCUUCAUCACAGGCUCCGUGUUGUUGAGUACUCUGAGGUCAUGGUGCUGUGGUGUCACCGCUCGGGGCACCAGCAGGGCAGAAAAGACUACACUCAGGGGCCUUGUGUGUUGCAGUGCUGUAUAACCCAAUAAAGUUAAGUGCAGA